UAUCCGCUAGGUCGAGACACUGAGGCCGGUGUUGUUGGUCGGUCCGACUGGUAGGAAGUUAGUCAUUCAGCCUCAGUACCAGACAGAGUGCACUCUGCUCAGCAGCAUAGCACAGAACAGGGACGGCGAGGAGAGACACGAGGCUGCUACAUGCCGCUGCUGCUCGUUUACUAUUGAACAUUCUCGCAUUGGACCGCGAAGAGAGACCGAGACUUUUCACAACGCAUUCAAAGGAGGGAUUUUAAUCAUGUUUCUAACCUUAGUCGCGCUGGUAAUUCUACUGGCAGCUGUGCAGGUUGCUGUGCAGGGUGGAGGGGCCGUGGGGUCAUUGCCACGGAGGCAGGGGACGUUGCAGUGCACACGAGGCUUCUCCCAGGAGGAGUACAGUGUUGCCGUGGACGAGGAGCUGAGAGAGGGACAAGCACUCCUCACUGUGAGGUUUGCAGACUGUGGCCUGGGCGACAGGGUGCUGUUGGAGGUGGGCGACGUGGAGGACUUCAGGCUGGAUGAGGAUGGCAUGGUGUACGCCCGGCACGCCUUCCGUCUGGCGGACAGGAAGAGAGCCUUCCUGGUGGUGCGAGCGAGGGAUCUGGAGACCAAGGAGGAUUGGAAGACACAUGUUUACCUCCUCCUCCGCAAAGACGGAAUGCGAGAGACGACAGAACACAAACACAUCAAACAGGUGAACUCCAGCUCUGCAGCUGUGACUCAGCAGGUGCGGGAGAUCGUGUUUCCCUGGCACAGCUUGGUCGUUGGGGACGAUGGAUCUCUGAGGCGGGUGAAGAGGGACUGGGUCAUCCCCCCCAUCAAUGUCCCUGAGAACUCACGAGGACAGUUCCCAGAGGAGCUAGUCAGGAUCCGGUCAGACCGUGAUAAGAACAGUCUCUUACGGUACAGUGUGACUGGACCCGGUGCUGACCAGCCUCCGACCGGGAUCUUCAUCAUCAACCCCAUCUCUGGUCAGCUCUCUGUGACCAAACCCCUCGACCGGGAACACAUCUCCAACUUCCACCUGCGAGCCCAUGCUGUGGACCUGAAUGGGAACCAGAUAGAGAACCCCAUAGACAUCGUCAUCAACGUCAUAGACAUGAAUGACAACAGACCAGAGUUUACACACACCAUCUACAACGGAUCAGUACCAGAGGGAUCCAAACCAGGGUCCUUUGUGAUGACAGUGACAUCACUGGACAAGGAUGACCCUAAAACAGCCAAUGGGAUGCUCCGAUACAAGAUUCUAUCUCAGAACCCCGAAAGCCCGUCCUCCAACAUGUUCACCAUCAACAACAAGACAGGAGGAAUCAUCACUGUGGCUGCAGGGCUCGACAGAGAGAAAGUUCCUCAGUACACGUUGAUCAUCCAGGCUACUGACAUGGAGGGGAACCCUACCUAUGGUCUGUCUAACACAGCUACAGCUAUAAUCAGGAUCACUGACGUCAAUGAUAACCCCCCAGAGUUCACCGCUGACAAAUUCUAUGGAGAGGUGCAGGAGAACCGUGUGAAUGUGAUCGUAGCUAAUCUGACAGUAACAGAUAAGGACCAGCCCCACACUGCAGCCUGGAGUACUGUGUACAGGAUCACAGCUGGAGACCCCACUGGACGCCUCUCCAUCCCCACUGACCUCACCACCAACGAGGGACUGGUCACUGUGGUUAAGCCUAUAGACUAUGAGGUGAGUCGUUCCUUCGUGCUGACGGUACUGGCUGAGAACGAGGUUUCCCUGGCCCGUGGUAUCCACCUACCCCGUCAGUCCACCGCCACCGUGUCUGUACGCAUCACAGACGUCAACGAGAGCCCAGAGUUCUCCCCUAACCCCAAAGUCAUCAAACUAGAGGAGGGGCUACUGGCCGGCUCGCUACUCACCACCUUUACAGCACAGGACCCUGACAGAUACAUGCAACAGAACAUACGGUACACCAAGAUGUUCGACCCUGCUAAUUGGCUGGAGAUAGACCCUGUAAACGGGCGGAUCUCCACCAUCGCUGUGCUGGACAGAGAGUCUCCCUAUGUGAAGAAUAACCUCUAUAACAUCACCUUCAUGGCCUCUGACAAUGGCAUCCCCCCAGCCAGUGGUACAGGUACAUUACAGAUGUACCUGUUGGACAUAAACGACAACGCUCCUCGUGUCUUCCCUCCAGAGGUGGAGAUGUGUGAGAAGCCUGAGCCCAAUGCCAUCAACAUCACCGCCAGCGACUCCGAUCUGACCCCUAACGCCGGCCCCUUCGCCUUCGAAAUGGCCAACCGGCCGGCAGACGCACGCAGGAACUGGACCCUCACACGCCUCAAUGGUGAAUAUGCUCAGAUCAGGCUGCGGAUAGGUUUUCUGGAGAGUGGUAUCUACGAGGUUCCUAUCAUCAUCACAGACUCAGGCAACCUGCCCAUGUCCAAUACAUCCUACCUGCGGGUCAAGGUGUGUCAGUGUGAUCCCCAUGGAGAUUGUGUAGACAUGGAACGCAUAAUCGCUGCAGGGCUGGGCACUGGAGCCAUCAUCGCUAUCCUCAUCUGUAUCAUCAUACUGCUAGUGAUGGUGUUGUUCUUUGUGAUGUGGAUGAAGAGGAGGGAUAAGGAACGUCAGGCCAAGCAGCUGCUCAUCGACCCGGAGGACGAUGUCAGAGACAACAUACUGAAGUACGACGAAGAAGGAGGAGGAGAGGAGGACCAGGACUAUGACCUGAGCCAGCUGCAGCAGCCCGAUGCUUUGGAGACGGAAAUGGUGAAGGUGGGGAUCAGGCGUAUGGAUGAGAGACCCUUACACCAGGACCACCUGUACCCCCUCCGUUCUGCUGCACCCCACCCCGGAGAUAUAGGAGACUUCAUCCACGAGGGUUUGAAGGCAGCUGAUAACGACCCGACAGCGCCCCCCUACGACAGUCUUCUGGUGUUUGACUACGAGGGCAGUGGCUCCACCGCUGGCUCCAUCAGCUCCCUUCACUCCUCCUCUUCCGGCGGCGACCAGGACUACGACUACCUCAGUGACUGGGGCCCGCGCUUCCGCAAGCUGGCAGACCUCUAUGGUGGAGGGGACAACUAGGACUAGCUCCGUGCUGGGGCCGGAGAGGGGUCGGGAAUUGG